AUUGGGGCGGUAAGCAAAUUGGAGUGGGUUUAAGGUGUCAGGUAGGGUGGAGGUGAUAUGGUCCUUGACUAGUCUCUCAAAGCACUUCAUGAUGACGGAAGUGAGAGCUACGUUGCGAUAUAGUCGUUUAGCUCAGUUACCUUAGCUUUCUUGGGAACAGGAACAAUGGUGGCCCUCUUGAAGCAUGUGGGAACAGCAGACUGGGAUAAGGAUUGAUUGAAUAUGUCCGUAAACACACCAGCCAGCUGGUCUGCACAUGCUCUGAGGAUGCUGCUAGGGAUGCCGUCUGGGCCAGCAGUCUUGCGAGGGUUAACAUGUUUAAAUGUUUUUCUCACGUUGGCUGCAGGGAAGGAGAGCCAGCAGGUUUUGGUUGCGGGCCGUGUCGGUGGCACUGUAUUGACCUCAAAGCGAGCAAAGAAGUUGUUUAGUUUGUCUGGGAACAAGACAUCGUGGUCCGCAACGGAGCUGGUUUUCUUUUUGUAGUCCAUGAUUGACUGUAGACCCUGCCACAUACCUCUCGUGUCUGAGCCGUUGAACUGCGACUCUACUUUGUCUCUAUACUGACGUUUAGCUUGUUUGAUCGCCUUGUGCAGGGAGUAGCUUCACUGUUUGUUUUCAGUAAUGUUUCCGGUUGCCUUGCCCUGAUUAAAAGCAAUGGUUCACACUUACAGUUUGCUCGAAUGCUGCCAUCAAUCCACAGUUUCUGGUUGGGGAAGGUUUUAAUAGUCGCUGUGGGUACAACAUCACCGAUGCACUUGCUAAUAAAUUCACUCACCGAUUCAGCGUAUUCAUCAAUUUUGUUGUCCGACGCUAUGCGGAACAUAUCCCAGUCCACGUGAUCGAAGCAAUCUUGAAGCGCGGAAUCCGAUUGGUCGGACCAGCGUCAUACAGACCUGAGCACGGGCGUUUCCUGUUUUUGUUUCUGUCUAUAGGCUGGGAGCAAAAAAAUGGAGUCGUGGUCAGAUUUUCCGAAAGGUGGGCGGGGGAGGGCUUGUAAGCGUCACGGAAGUUAGAGUAACAAUCAUCCAGGGUUUUGUCAGCACGGGUCACGCAUUCUAUAUGCUGACAAAAAUUAGGGAGCCUUGUUUUCAGAUUAGCCUUGUUAACAUCCCCAGCUACAAUAAAUGCAGCCUCAGAAUAUGUGGUUUCCAGUUUACAUAGAGUCCGAUGAAGUUAUUUCACGGCUGUUGAUUUGUCUGCUUGGGGGGGAUAUACACGAAUGUGAUUAUAAUUGAAGAGAAUAAUCUUGGUAGAUAAUGCGGUCGGUAUUUGAUUGUAAGGAAUUCUAGGUCAGGUGAACAAAAGGACUUGUUCCUGUAUGUUGUUAUGGUCACACCACGUCUCGUUAAUCAUAAGGCAUACACCCCGUCCUUCUUCUUUCCAGAGAGUUGUUUGUUUCUGUCGGCGUGAUGCGUGAAGAAACGAGGUGGCUAUACCAACUCUGAUAACGUAUUCCGAGUGAGCCAUGUUUCGGUGACACAAAGAACGUUACAAUCUCUGAUGUCUCUCUGAAAGGCAACCCUUGCUCGGAUUUCAUCUACCUUGUUGUCAAGAGACUGGACAUUGGCGAGUAGUAUACUCGGGAGUGGUGCGUAAUGUGCCCGUCUACAGAGCCUGACCACUCCGUCAGCCCCUUCUGUGGCAACGUUUUUUUUGGGUCGUCGGCUGGGAUCCGAACCACUGUCCUGGGUGGUGGACCAAACAGAGGAUCCGCUUGGGAAAGUUGUAUUUCUGGUCGUAAUGUUGGACACUCUCCCAGAAGGAUGUUGACAUGUUCAGUCCCUAGUUUCAGCGCUCUGAUUGAUCAGGAAAGUCAUGAGGUGAGGCUGCAAGUCAACAAGGCAGAUGACAGCCCCUACCCACUGGAAAUGUGCCUACAACAUGAAGUUAACGGAGUGUGCAGGACCUGUAAGGAGAGUACAGUUCCACUGCACUCUGUCACCCCCUGCAUGUGCUUCCAGGUGUGGUGGAAUAAAGGAGACGAGAGGUCUCAUCGAUCCAUUAGCUGUCCCUUUAGAAACCACACCGAGCUGCUGCAGAGGAAUGUAUGGGAGAAUGUGUCAGUAUCUGUGGUGCAGGGCCAAAUGAACAGUGGUGGUGCCAUGCUAUCCUGGAACCUGACUGCCCCCUGUAGGGUGGAGGCAGAAGUGUGGCCCUGCCAGAAAGGUGCAGGCUUGGACAUGGACAGGUGCACAGAGCUGGUUGCCUUUAGGCAGCGUCUGUCAGAUGACAUUUGGAGGGAAAACAGCAGGGGACACUGGCUGAUGCCCGGUGUGUUUGAGGAUGUCGUACUUGGCCUCGAUCUCUGUGUGAUGGUAAAAGGGAAGAACAGUGAGCUUGGCCCCUUCUGUCCCAUUGACUCCAGUUGGUGGCACUGGCGCUGGAGUCUGUUGGUCCUGCUCUCCCUGAUGCUGGCUGUCCUAGCAGCAAUGUGUCUAUAUUUCCUGCAUGGUAAACUGAAACGGUGGGCAUGGGAAUGGUACCAGAAGGAGUGUGGUCGACUAGCCAACAGGGGACACAUAGUGCUGCUGAGCCCGCCGGACGUGGAUGGCUCUGUGUCAGAGCUGGUGUGUGAGCUCGGUUCCUCUCUGUGUGCCCAGGGCUUCAGUGUCUCUGUGGACCUGUGGAGUCGGGCUGAGCUGUGCUCUCUGGGGCCCCUGCCAUGGCUGCACUCCCAGCUGCAGCACCUGGACAGUCAAGGGAUCCGGGCAAUACUGGUACUGACACAGGCAGCCUGGGAGAGGGCAGAGGACUGGGUCCGACAGUGGGACCAGCAGGGCCAACAGGGAAAGGAUAUAGUCCAGGGAGUGGAGAAGGAGGAGGGGGGUGAGGAGAUGGAGGGGGAGGAUAAUGGGCUUCUCCAGGGCUUGUCCUCCCCGUAUGCAGAUGUGUUCAGUGCCGCUCUGAGCUGCAUCAAGGCAGAACACAAACUGGGCUGUGCUGGAGAGCGCUUCCUCCUGGUGCACUUUGAGGCCCAUUCUGCCAAGCCCCCCAGCAGUAAGAGGGGUCUCCCAGAGCUGUUUCAAGGGCUGCCCAUGUUCCAUCUGCCCUCCCAGAGCCAGGGGCUUCUCGCUGAGCUAGCCAUGGGGCCCACAGGGCCCGAGGCUGGUAUAGGUGGACAUAGGGUCUGAAGGAAGCUACACAGAGACUGUCUGGGGGACUUAUGCUUUUGUGGAGAGACUCAGGGGGGUACCUGAUUAAGGAACUGCCUCAUAAGUGUGUUGUCACUGGAUCGCAGGCCGUGCCGUUUACAGCAGAACAGUCACCCUGAGAUCAAAUCUACCCCAACCACUAAGACAAUACCGGCCCCCCUCAUCACCACAAUAACCCCAGACUUUACAUUCACACUGAAUACACUGGACAUGCAAUGUGUUGGAUGCAGAAGCCUUGGAUUGUAUUUGGUGAUGUUAUGAGGGCUUUUAUUGAGCCAAUACACAGUGUGUAACCUACAGUAGGCGUACACCUUCAGGAAGGACUUCUAUGUGUGAAUUAUUAUGUAGGCUACAUGAAAUGUUUAACAAUUGUUCUUUAUCUUACUCUUAAUUCAUGAUUUGUAGAUAGAAAUGUCUGAAAGGCCUAUUGGAAUAUUUGCUGGAUCAAAACUCAAGAUAGGACAAACCUGAAUGCUAUGCAGUAAUCUAGAGGUUAGAGAGGCAGACCAGCAGCUGGAAGGUUCACGGUUUUAACUGCUCUCUGAUCCCAUGUAACAACUCCUGGCAUUGUUCCCUUAAGCAAGGCACUCUCCACCCAAAAUUUGCUCUCCAUCCAGGGGUGCUGCCCUGCUGCUGAUCCUCUGCCUCUCCUAGUGUGUGUGUGUCUGUGGGUGUUGAGAAAGGCAGAAGACAAAUUCCUGUUCUAACCAGUGGACAAUAAAGAUAUAUUUUAUUA